CUGUCCCGCACAGGUUGCUAAUGUUGCUUUUGACUGUUUAACUCACGGGAGUUUUGCUCCAGCUCUCCAGGCUGGUACCCAGGCUACCCAGGAACGUGGCUCUGCUGGGCUGGGCGCUGCUCGGUGGUCUCCAGCGCUGUUUCUUGAUGCUCAGGGCCUUCCCAGUCCACACCGGAGCCCAUGGCCUCUGCUGCCCUCUUGAUGAGACCGUCUCGCGGAGAGAGAAGUGUGACAUCGCGGUGCAAUGGCAGCUCGACUCUGAGGCUUCUGGGGACUAAAGAUGGUUGUGAAGAAAAGGAGACCAUGAUCCGAGUCCAUAUGACUGUGGAGGAUAUUGCUGUGCGCUUCUCCCAGGAGGAGUGGAGGCUUCUUGAUGAAGCUCAGAGGACCCUGUAUCAUGAUGUGAUGCUGGAGAAUUUCGCACUUCUGUCCUCUGUGGGUUAUUGGCAUGAAGUGGAGGCUGAGGAUGCCCAUCCUGGGCAGACAGUUUCCACAGGAAUGUCACAGAUGAGGAGUCCAACACCAGGUGUGUCCUUUUCAAAGACUCAUCCUUGUGAAAUGUGUGUCCUGGUUGCUGAGCACCAAAGAAUACUUCCUGGGCAGACACCGUCCACAUGUGUGGCAUGUGGGAAACAGUUCUCAUUCAGCUCGAACCUACACCAGAGCCAGAAGCAGCGUAGUAGAGAGCAACAUUUCCAAAGAGGAGAGGAGAUGAGAACCUUAAUCAUGAGUAGCUGUAAAGUUCCUGGGUCUGAGAACCUCAUCACAUGCAAAGAUGUUGAAAAGGAUUUCCCAGCCAGCCCUGGUCCUCUUAGGCAUCAGACCACACACCAUGGAGAAUAUCCAUUGAGAAGCAAAGAGACCUUUCCCACUCAGCAAAGGUAUUAUGGACAUCGCAGAUGUGAAAAAGCUUUCAGUGAGAGGGUUCCUAUCAUUGAACAUCAAAGAGUUCAUACUAGAGGAAAAACUUACAGAUGUAGUAAGUGUGGGAAAUCUCUGAGUUCCAAAUACUUGCUUGUUGAACACCAAAGGACUCAUGAUACACAAAAGCCUUAUGUGUGCAGUGUAUGUGGGAAAUCAUUCCUCCACAAAAAAACACUUGUUGGGCACCAGCAGAGAAUCCACAUGGGAGAAAGAUCUUAUGUGUGCAUUGACUGUGGGAAAUCUCUCAGCUCCAAAUACGCACUUGUUGAGCACCAGAGGACCCAUAAUGGAGAAAAGCCUUAUGUGUGUAACAUUUGUGGGAAAUCAUUCCGUCACAAACAGACAUUUGUUGGGCACCAGCUCAGAAUCCACACUAGUGAAAGGCCUUAUGUGUGUGUUGAAUGUGGGAAGUCCUUUAUUCAAUCCUGUGACCAUGCUAGACACCAGAGAAUUCACAGUGGAGAAAGGGCUUAUGAGUGUAGUGAGUGUGGGAAGUCUUUCUUCUAUAAACAGUCACUUCUUGAUCACCAGAGAAUCCAUACUGGAGAAAGGCCUUAUGAAUGCACGGAAUGUAAGAAGGCUUUCAUCCAUAAGAAGAGACUUCUUGAGCACCAGAGAAUACACACUGGAGAAAAGCCUUAUGUCUGCACCAAAUGCGGGAAGUCCUUUAUUCGGUCUUCUGAUUAUAUUCGGCACCAAAGAAUUCACACUGGAGAAAGGGCUUACAAGUGCAGUCAGUGUGGGAAAACUUUUAUCUUCAAAGAGACACUUCUUAAGCACCAUAGAAUCCAUAUCAGAAAAAAGCCUUACCAAUGCAGUGAGUGUGGGAAGGGCUUUGACCUUGAGGAUAAACUGCUUCAGCACCAGGAAGUCCAUGCCAGGUCACAGACUUAUGAGUGUAGUGAAUGUGGGAAAUCCUUCAGUCACAAAAACCAACUUCUUCAACAUCAGAGGGUCCACACUGGAGAGAUACCCUGUGAGUGCAGAGAAUGUGGGAAAGGCUUUAGCCACCACACUAGCCUUAUUCGGCACCAGAAAGUUCACAGUGGAGAGAGGCCUUACUGCUGCACUGAUUGUGGGAAGUCCUUCAUCUACAAAAACAAACUCAUUGAGCACCAGAUGAUCCACACUGGAGAAAAGCCCUAUGAGUGCAGCAUGUGUAGGAAAGCCUUCAACAAGAGGUAUUCCCUUAUCAGGCACCAAAAGGUUCAUGCGAAAGGAAGGCCUUAACAUUUAUGGGAAAGUGUUUUCCAAGGAAUCUGUCCGAAGUUGAACAAUGUACCUCUGAGGUUUGGAAGAUUCACUGUUGCAGUUGCCUGCUUCUGAGCCCCUUGGGGGUGGGGGUAAGAAGGUGCAGAGUCAAUGACACAGACUCUGGGAGUGGGGCAAGUGGCAAAGCAGACUCAUUUAUUAUGGAUAUUGGGCAUGCCUAUAUACCCCCUCCCGGUGCCCCAUUGGUCCCUCGGCUGCUCUGUGCUGCGCUGUCUCUCAGUGGUCUCUCUCAUCACGUGUUCUUGUGUCAGCUGUUUCUCCCCAGUCAGGCAGAUUUCAGGUUGGCUUAAGGGGAAGUAACUUGCGCAUGCGCCAUAGCAUGUUUACCAGGCCCGUCAGCACCUCCUCCUACAUAUCCAACCUUUUUAUUUAUUUAUAUGCAUCACUCCCAUGGGAGCUGGGGUGCUUGGCCCCGACCUUGUUGACCCCACCUCAGAGAGCCUCCAGCAUGAGGGACUGUGCCUGUCUUAGGUUGGCU